UAGAUACACAAUAUAUAAUAUCACUAUUGUAAUGAUAAACCAGAAUUAAAGCUUAAUUCUGUAAAAAUGUCGAAGAAUCCAUUUGAAACAGUGAACACUCCAACCCAUUCAAACACCUGGAGCAGCCAAAAUGUUUCUAUUCCAAGAACGAAGGUGGCCGGUGUUGGCAGGGCAGGUUUUAUCCGUGAUCCAUCUGGAUUACUUAUGUCAAUUAUACGAACAUUAGCUGCGAGUGAAGAUGACCACCAGAGAGAGCUAGAAAAGGAAAGAUUGGAAGAAGCGUUUACUGAAAAUGAUGAAAAACUAGAUGUUCUUGUUUCGGAGAAUUACGAAGAGCUAGCAGUGACAAUUAAGCAGUUUGGGAAAAUUGGAGAUCGUAUAUCGCAAUCGAGGCAGCGCAUCCGAAAAGUAAAGGAAAGCUUGCAACAGUGCAAGUCUCUUCUUUACUGUAGACAAGAUGAAAUGCGCAAACUUUGGGUGGAAGGAGUAGAACAUAAAAAAGUUUUAUUUCUUUUAGAUCAAAUCGAAAGAGUCAAAGAAGCCCCACAAAAAAUUGAGUUUUAUUUGUCGAAAAAACACUAUCUUCAUGCUACAGAACUACUUAUCCAAACUCUUAGUGCGCUGGAAAAGGAAUUGGUUCCAGUUGAAGCUCUGAAUGAUGUCCGAAAUGAAUUGAUAAGCAAGAAAUUGGCCAUACAUGACACUUUCAUCAGUGAACUUCACAGGCAGAUCUAUGUAAAUUCAGUAAAUGCUGGAAUGGCCACAAAGCCAGACAAACAGGUUGCGAAGAUCCGGAAUGCUGCAAAGCUGGAGAGGAGAAAUUCAGGUGAAGAAGAUGGAAGAAUUGGGAAGUUUGAUCCGAAAAUAUUGGAGCUUGAAGCGGAGGAUUUAAAUCCAGAUGAUGAUCCUCUGAAUCUAAUGACUGUGUUGGUGGAAUCUUUAAGUCGUCUUCAUCGAAUUCCAGACAUGAUAGAGGCUACUAAAGUUAAGAUGGACCGUCAUAUAAAUAUGAUAGUUACACAUGCUACGGUUGAAGUAACUGAUCUUGCAUUUGAUGAUGAAAAUAAGGAUGUUGACAACCCAAAGCGUUUGUUACAACUUCUUAACUCGCUGUUUAAAAAGUUUUAUUGCAUUGUGGCCGCCCACAAGCAUGUACUUAAAGAUUUGAAAACUGCUAUUACUACAUCUGACUUGGACACACAGCUGUAUGACAUGGAAGAAAUAUGGGCAAAGAUACAGUCUGUACUGCAGAAUCUUUUAAACGAUUACCUAGAUGCUGAUAAUGCAGCUGUAACCUCACAACUUUCCGGACUUAGUUUUACAGAAAGUGUUAGUCUUUCUUCUCACUUUAUGAAGAAGAGAGCCCCGAGACCACGAGUGGCAAAGCUAUUCAGAUUUGAUGCUUCUUCUCAUGCUAUUUCUAUGAAUACAUACCUUCGAGAGCAAAGAGCUCAGAAGCGUACUCAUUCUGUUGAAGGGGUAACUUCUCCUUUGAUGGAUCAUGCUCUUUCAACACAAAAAGUUUGCAAAGCAAAUCCCCGCAACAUCACACUCAUAUUUGGCCCAUUGAAAAAGUUUAUUGGAAAGAUUGAAGAUGAGCAAGAUUAUCCUGAUGGCAAAAUGUGUGCUUUACAUGAAUAUAUCACAGAUUAUGUACAAGAUAUAUUCAUUCGUCAAAUACAGUAUGAGCUAAAAAAGGAUUUUGAUUCAGCAAUGAAAGUCACAGACCCCCUAAAAGUGUUAGCUGACUUGGCCACACAACAAAGUCUUGGCAACUUUAAAAGCUUGCUACAUAGUGCUGUAGUUGCAGAUAAAUGCCUUUGGGAUCUGUAUGAUUUGACCUGUAGUUUGGAUUCUUACCAUGACCACUUUCUCACUAUGGCUUGUUCCCUAAUGCAGGAAUAUAAAGAAAUGUCAAUCCAGUCAUAUCGCGGUGUCACUCAGCCAGAGUCAGAGGACCAGCAGAUAGUAAGUGCUUCUUGGGUGAGACAAUCUGAAGUUACAGAGGUACUUACUGCCAUGGAUAAUUGGAAGGCAGUGUAUAGUGGAAGAUCUACACAACAACAACUAAAACCUGCGCAGAUAAAAGCAGUAGAUGUGAACUUUAUUAAGGAAGCUCAGUUUUUAAUGGAUCGCAUGGAAGGAUAUGCACUUGCUAAGAACAGUUUAAUUGAAGACACAACUGACCUAAAAGCGAUUGCAAGCCUCCAUGAGAGCUUAGAAUGGAUGACAGGAAGACUGGGAACUUUUGUUACCAGCAUCCAGAAAUACGCACCUCCUGAUACACUUUCCAUGCUGAAAAAGCUUGCACAAGAUUAUAAAAACAUGUCUGAAAUUUGUUUGCUUUGUCUACAUAUUGAGAUGCGCCUACAUUGCUUCUACCACUUGGUGCCUAUGUUCUUAAACAACAGUUAUGAUAUACGUGGACUAGACAGCAUGGAACACGACUUCCAAAUCACAAAGCUUAAAAAAGACAUAUCGUCUGCCGAGGAAAACUUGAGUGUCUCACUUAAUGAAAAGAAAUAUCGAUAUGUGUUUGAAGGCCUUGGACAUCAAAUGGCCGCCAUUUUAAUGUGGGGUGCAAAGCAUAUUAAAAGAAUCUCUCCAUCUGGAGUAAAAAAGAUGUGUCGGAAUGUGUUUGCUCUUCAACAACUGCUAACCAACCUGACUAUGUCAAGGGAGCCACAUCUAGAUAUGGCACGACAGUUUUACGAGAUGAUGUACUUGAUGCCAGAUGAUCUCCAAGCUCAAGUGGUGGAGCAGGGAGUACGGUACAGUGAGGAAGAUUAUGUUGAAGCAUUGAACCUCCUUCAUAGAAGCAAACCAGGUUCUGGAAACGAGAACGCUCAACAUGCCCGAGUUCAAAGAUUGAAAGGGAUUGUUCAAGAACAAACAUAUAAAAUGGAACAUGCUGAACAACAAAGUCAGGAUGAUAUAUGAUUUUAAAUGUUUAUACACCACUAACCAGGACUGGUUGUCCACCUGGAGUGGUAUUCUCAGCUUCCUAUUAAAGUAGUCAGUCGUGGUAACUAUUGGUUAACGCAUUUUUUAGUCGACUAACUAAGAUUUGGUCUGUGUGUUUUCACUUUUGGUCGGCCGACUAAGUUUCUGUGCAUUACUUAUAACAUAAGUUAGUCGGUCAAAAUCUACUAACUAAAAUUUUAGUCAGGCAACUAAAAAAAACAAAAUCGAAUUUAGGCGACGGCUAGUUUGAUUGAUAGCUGAGAAAGCCAUCCCUGAGGUGAUAUUCUCUUCUACUAACUACAACUAGUGAGUCUGUGUCACUAUAAUUACUGUGUUUUCACAUUCUAAAUUGUGUGCAUUAAUAUGUAGGUCAAAAUUGACUGAAUGAUUGUUAGACAAGCGACCAAACACGCUGCACGCAAAAUGUAUUUUAGGCAGCAACUAGUUUAGCUGGUGGUUGAGAAUAUCAUCGCUGAUUUGUUUAAAGCAUGAAAUGUUCAAGUUAAGUUAACCUACUGUGCUUAAAAUAAUUUGUCGUUUUUUUGUUUACAAGUCAAUCUCUAUAUGGGACUCUUAACUUAAGUGAAAUAUUUAUGUAGAUAACAGCACUUGAUUUUGUAUUAUUGUUAAUGAAACUAUAAGCUUAUUAUUUAUUAAUGUUUAAAAUUUACCAGAACGCUCAUUCUGACUCUUGAUAAAUAUUGAGUUUAGUGAAAUGCUUGUAAUUGACAAGACAUUUUAAACCCAGAUUGCAUUUAAUUCAAUUACUUUGCUGUCUCAAUUAACUAAUUUUAGAGGUUUGGUUGCUAUAGUGUUUAGUAAACUUUCUACUCCAAAGAUUUUAAAGUUGCAAUU